AUGCUUGCCAAGCAAGGCUGGCGGGUUCUUGUCUCGCCAAAUUCUCUUGUAAGCCAAAUUUACAAAGGAAAGUACUUCCCUCGGUCCGAUUUUCUUAUUGCUAAUUUUGGUAAUAAUCCAAAUUUUGUCUGGCGAAGCAUAUGGCAAGUAAGAGACAUUGUUAAACUUGGUGACAAACGUAUCAUAGGAUCAGGGACCACUACCAGCAUACUGUCUCAACCUUGGUUACCUGACCACUCCAAUGUGUUUGUCACAACCACUCAUCUUGGGCUUCACAACAAGAUGAUUGUUCAUGACAUGUUUAAUGCGCGUGAUGCAUCUCUGAUUCUUGGACUGUCGUUAUGUAUUUCUGCUGGUGAUGAUUACUGGUCUUGGAUAAGGGAGAGCACUGGUAAUUUCUUGCUCAAGAUCCCCCCAAAGGUCAAGAACUUCAUGUGGAGAGCAGUUUCGAAUGCCCUCCCCACCUGCUUACAGCUUGUCACUAGGCAUGUAAAUAUCUCUCCAACUUGUCCCAUUUUCAAGAGCCAACCAAAAUCCAUCACUCAUGCUCUUAUUAGUUGCUCUUUUGCCCAAGCAUGUUGGCAUCAUGCUCAACCUUCUGUCAAUGCUACUGCUAACACUACUGUUGGUAUGUGGUUAAGCAAUGUGUUUACUGCUUCUGAUAUGGAAACAAACUAUCGCACACUCAUGCUGUGUUGGGUUGCUUCAUCAGCAUUAGUUACUCUUGAUCAAUGGCGCAAAGCUCGGGAUAAACAAAAUUUAUUAUCAUUGGCUCUUGGAACCGAUGGCUCUAAAGCUGAGCAAUGGACUGAACCUGGACCUAAUACAAUCAAGAUUAACAUUGAUGCCACUUUGUUUGAGAGAGAAGGCUCCUAUGGCUUCAAAAUUGUUGCUCGAGACUCCUUAGUCACCUUGUUGGAUACUUUUGCAGUAUGUAACAUGGGCUCUUUUGCUGCUGAAGUUGUCGAAGCUAUAAGGGUUAAGGAGGCUCUUAGUUGGAUCAAAACUAAGGGUUGA